CGUUUGCUCAAGACGAACGACUUCCGACGACGCCAUUUUCUAUUCCGCAACAGAAGUCGUCGUGGUUGUCCACCUCAAGAAACUACCUAGCGUCCUUGCCUCAAUUUGCUAAACGCUGUUUAACUCCUUUUGAUUUUUAAGCGCCAUCUAAAGAUGUCUCGUAACGCUCCCAUGCGGGACUGGAACUUGGACUGCAAGGUGUAUGUAGGCGAUCUGGGCUAUGGCUGCGCAAAGCAAGAACUUGAAGAAAAGUUCUCCAAAUAUGGCCAGCUGCGCAAUGUAUGGGUAGCCCGUAAGCCUCCAGGCUUUGCGUUUGUCGAGUUUGAAGACAGCAGAGAUGCAGAAGAUGCAGUGAGGGCUCUGGAUGGAUCCAAAAUCAAUGGUCGACGAGUGCGGAUAGAAAUGUCAUCUGGGCGUUCACGAUGGGGCAAUAGGGGACCUCCACGGGGAACCAGCAAACAGUAUGGGGACAGUUACAGAAGCGGCAGCGGCCGCAGAUCCAGGUCGUUCUCUCCCCGUCGGCGAUCCAGGAGUCGAGGUGCCUCAGGCUCUCCCAGGAGAAGGAGCAGGAGCAGGAGUUAAAAAGUUACUGGAGGAGAGUGCUAUCUUGGAUAUCGUCAUGAGCCCCCAAGUUCAGAUCAAGAACGGACACGCACUUUGGGGUUUCUUAAGUCGUGCUCUCACUCACUCGUUACACAUGUACAGUUUUCAUUUUUAUCUUACCCCUAAGACAUCAUCAUAAUCUCAUAGGAAAUUUGAAUGGUAAAUGCAUGUGUUGAUGUAUGGUAUGAUAGUGUGUUCGGUUUGUAUGUUGUCCCAGUUCACGCUGGGUGUGGCUGUGUUUCAGUUUGGACCCAAGGGAGAAAUAAUUUACAGUAUAGAUUAAUCAGCGUUAGUGGGUUACGAAGACAUUGUUUUGAACUUAGGCUACCUGUGACCUGUGGGUUUGGGAAAUGUUUGAGCACUGCCAAGUACAUGUAUAUAAGAUUGUGUUCAUGCUUUGUGAGAGAAGAAAGAAGAGUCACUCAUUUAAAGAGGAGUGUAUUUGGUCAAAAUUGAUCCUAAGCUGAUUUCGAAUUUUAAAAGCUGCUGACAUGUCCUUUUUCUAGAAAUGGGAACGCAUUCAAACAGAGGUAUCAAUCAGCCUUUGUUAGUGCACCUUUAAAUUUGUUUGACUUGGUGUCAGGGUAGAUCUGUACAUAUGGAACGACAUUCUGGUUAAGGCCCUUACCCCUACCUAUUUCUUUCUUUAGAGUAGAGUAAACCCCCCUCCCUCACCCACGCCCCCCUUUUUUCCGUCUUCAAGAAGCAGUCUGUUGUUGCGUGACUUCUCUAUGGCCACAAACUGUCAACUUGUUGCGGACACUGCACUGUCUUGGGAAUAGUGGGAGGCAUUGUUUGGUCUCGCAUUGGUGACUUUGCCCGUUACUGAAAUGUUUUGAUAUACAGGGUGUUUGACCUGUCUUGGUGAAUGAUUGCGGUGGUCUUAUGGUUAUGCUGUGUGAGUGUAGAAUUGAUUAAUAGUCAUUUCAAAAGGUCAUACAUUUUUCAUACUCGGUAUAACAUAAUCAAAGGUUUUCGCUUUUUGUUUUUGUUGUAUAGUGAGAGGGAGUUGAUCUUCAGCGCUAACAGGUUCAGAAAAAAAAUUAUGCAGUGUGACUAAUGGGGGGAGGAAAAUGUACAUAUUGGUCACUAGCUAUGAAGUUGUAGUCACUGUAAAAUGGUCAUAAACCCAAGUUUGUUACCUCUUUUGACUUAUGAAGUCUUCACUUUGAGUAAAGGUGGUAGCCUGCAUGUUUAUGCUAUUGUGUCAUAGUCAUAGUAAAGGUAAUGUGAUGUAUUUUUUGUUAUGUGUCUGGUGUGAAGUGGGUUGCAGGAUUAAGUGGAUUUCCUAGUUGAUUGAUUUGUUUUCCACGUGGACUUCUGUACAAUUGUCUUGGCAAGUGA